AUGGGUGUCCUCGACUUCUUUAUACAGUCGUACUUUAUCCCGAAGCCAACAUUGACCAAGGAAAAUCUCCCCGAUCAAUCUGGCAUCUACGUUGCUGGUCGAAGUCCGGAGAAAGCAGAGGCGGCGAUUUCGAAGUUAAAGUCGGAAUUCCCAAAUUCAACAGGGUCGCUAUCAUUCCUCAAAGUUGAUUUCUCGGACUUUUCCACGAUUGAACCGGAAGCGGAGGAGUUCUUGUCUAAGGAGACACGACUUGACGUCCUAACCAACAACGCGGGUGUUAUGAUCCCUCCACUCGGUUCGAAGGACAAACAUGGUCAUGAACUCCAGAUCGGAACCAAUAUGCUUGGACCAUAUCUUUUCACGAAACUUCUUGUCCCCAUCGUGAAAAGCACUGUGGCAAAAGCGCCAGCCGGAUCCGUACGUAUCACAUGGGGAUCCUCAGGCGUCGCCACUACGUCUCCAGAGAACGGCAUGAUUUUUGAUGCGGAUGGAAAUCUCGAGCAAGGAUCAAGUCCUCAAGUGGACUACACGGUCAGCGAGGCGGCAAAUUUCUAUCUGGCUUCCCAAUUUGCCCGUCUUUAUGCAAAGGACGGGAUAAUCAGCGUGUCAUGGAACCCGGGAAAUCUCGAAACUGAUCUCCAAAGUCAUGCGAACUGGAUUCAAAAGUUUAUAAUGAGUUUCGUAACGCACCCCGCUCGAUUUGGUGGAUACACAGAACCAUGGGCUGGCUGGUCCCCGGCCAUCACAGCGAGCCACAAGGGUGCAUAUAUCGCGCCUUGGGGCCGCAUAUACCCAGCCAGGAAGGACAUCCAGGCUGGUACAAUGAGCAAAGAGGAGGGAGGCACAGGUUAUGCGGAAAGGUUUUUGGCUUAUUGUGAGAAGGAAACAGCGGCGUUUGCUUGA